CUACACAUGCACAGCCCCAAGAAACUACCAAAAGAAAUACUGCAAUACUGUGUGAAGAAUGUGGUGGAGUUUUCUUUACUGUUGCCAGUUACAACCAACAUGCAUGUGCCCUUGCUGAUGUUUCAUCUGUGGACACAGAUUGCACUAACGCUAAAAGCACAGAUUUGAACGGGUCCCAACACAGUCCAACAGAAAACACAAAAGGUAUAUCUACUACUACUGGUACAUGUAUGUCAUGGAACAAGUCACAAACACUCUUGUUAAUCUCUGAAUAUCAGCGACACGAGGCAAAAGUUACAUCUGGACUACUUAGGAAAAAGAUGUUGUGGCAGAAAAUUGAGACAGUGUUUAAAGAACAUGGUUACAGUUUUACAGCAGAUCAGAUAUCAGGUCGAUGGAAAACGAUCACUAGGGCUUUCAAAAACACUAAGGACCACAACAAGAAGAGUGGAAAUGACAAGAAGCACUAUGAAUUUGAGGAUGCGUUAAAUGAUGUCCUUGGAGACUGUCCAACUGUCAACCCUGUGACAAUAUCCUCUGUGAAAAAACGCAAGCUUCCUGAUGUUGAUUCUGAAAGUACAGAGGGUGAAGAUGACUGUUCAUGUUCAAAAUCGGAUUCCAAUGAAAGUUCAAAACAAAAGUCAAAGAAGACAAAUUCUUCAGAAAUCAUUAACCUAUUGAAACAACACUCAGAACAACAGCGAGAAUUUCAAAGCGAAUACAGACAAAUGCAAGCAAAGGAAUCAGAGAGAAGGCAAAAGGAACACUCUGAGCGCUUAUUGGUCCUAAAUAGUUUGAUUGAUGCCAUAAAAAGCAAUAAAAAGUAAAUCAUAAAAAGAGUGUGUUGUUUGUAUGGAUGCAGAUGCAGAUUGUGCC